AUGACAUCACCCAGCGAAGGGGCUGAGGUACUCUGCAGAAGGGCUGGAAAUGUCGCAUCUCUGCCCACUUACAAAGCAACCUUCCCGCCCCUUUCCGAAGCACCGCUUCGAUACUCACGGCUCGCGCUCGCCGACUCCGCGCAGCGGGUCCGCGCCGCGCACGGAGAGGCAGCCCGGGGCCCGCGGCUCGCCCCGCUCCGCUCCGCGCGCUGCCGCUCCUCUCCCCCAAGACGCACGCGCUCUUUGCCAGCUUCGGAGGGGGCACGGAGAGCGCUCGGCGCCGUGCAUGUGCAAAACUUUACAGCAGUGGUGGAAGCCAAGAGCCAGGAGAGUAGGAAGUGGAUAGCUCAUCCUUCCAUCCAGUUCAUCCAUCACCAUCAUGUGCUUUCAUUGCAGAUUAAAGAUAUAGAAGUCCUCAACUGUGAAUAUGGCAAGAACACCAUUAAGUUCCUUCGUGUUAAAAGAGAAGGGAAGAAGCACUUCAUUAAAGAAGUGGAAGUGUGCACGCAUAUCCGGCUGACUUCUGCCCAGGAGUACCUGGAGGGAGAUAAUUCUGCUGUGAUACCCACAGACACCAUAAAGAAUAUUGUCCUUGUGUUGGCCAAAAAAAAUGGGAUCCAAACUUUAGAACAAUUUGCUGUUGAUAUCUGCAAACACUUCAUGACAACAUUUGGCCAAGUGAUGUAUGUCAAAGCCUACGUUCAAGAAGUACCAUGGCAACGUCUACAUGAGAAUGGCGUUCCUCAUAUCCAUUCAUUUAUAUAUGUUCCUGAUGGGAUUCGCUUUUGUGAAGCUGAGCAGUGUCGAAAUGGUCCUCUGAUUGUUUUUGCUGGAAUUAAAGAUCUGAAAGUUAUGAAGACAACACAGUCUGGAUUUGAAGGCUUCUAUAAGAACGAACAUACCACACUUCCUGAAAGGAAGGACAGGAUUUUAUGCGGAGAGCUCUUCUGCAAAUGGUCAUACGGCGAAUGCAGAGAUUUUGACUUUGAUUGCAUAUGGAACAAAGUCCGCGAGUGCAUCCUUGAGGCAUUCUCUGGGCCACCUGACUCUGGGCAGUAUUCGCCCUCUUACCAGAAGACUGUCAACUGUAUCCAGAUGCUCAUCCUUUCUAAAGUGUCACAGGUACAGAUCAUUGAAGUCAUCUUGAACAACAUUUUUUACAAUGUUGUAGACAUGAAGAAUCUAGGCUUGACCAAUGACAAAGAAGUUCUCGUUCCAGUGGAAACGCCCUAUGGUUCCUGCACUUGCACACUUGGCAGAAAGAAGUUCUUGGAAGCACAAGGCCAAGUGUUAAAAGAUGAGAAGUAAAGUCAUUUUGGAUUGGCAGCUGCCCAGAAAACAAACUACACCUCUUUGCUCCACUUAUAA